AUGGGGGUUUGUUAUGCAAACUCUUUCCUAAUCCGAACCCUUCUCCUGUUAGGAUUCAAAUCACCGCCUCCUUCACUCUAUAUAUAUUUACCCACCAGUCCCCUCCGAUGGAACAACUACGCCAACUGGGAAGAGUCCCAAAAUGCGGAUUUCAAUCGAGCCCGGUCUGUUUGGGAAAGUGCCUUAGAAGUCGAUUACCGUGACCACUCUAGUUGGUUUAAGUACGCCGAUUUCGGGAUGAAGAAUAAAUUCAUCAAUCGUGCUCGGAAUGUCUGGGACCGCGCGGUAACGUUGUUGCCUAGGGUUGAUCAGUUGUGGUAUAAGUACAUUCACAUGGAAGAAGUACUAGGCAAUGUCGCUGGUGCGCGACAGAUUUAUUAA